AUGCGAUCCUUCCGCACCUUGCGACUCCCAAGUCGCGCAACUAUACCCUCCCAGCGCCAGAAUGUGUGCCCAGCCUCCCACCAACUCAAUUCGAGCACGAGGACAAUAACCACAACACAACGACCAAGCCUACGCCAACCUCUACUCCAAAGCAAUGGCACCAAAGCCACCACACGAGCAUUCGGCCUACCCGACCUAUCCUCCUUCCUCCCCAACAGCAACAAUAGCAACAACUCCCCGCACCGCGUCCUAACCGCCACCCGCAACCUCCCAUACAACCCAACUGUGCUAUACAAAGUGAUCUCCUCAGUCGAAUCCUACAGCCAAUUCCUUCCCUUCCUCACAGCCUCGACCGUGACAGCGCGCGACCCGGAAACAGGGUACCCAACACAAGCGUUCCUAACAGUUGGAUACGGCCCGCUCAGCGAAACGUUCACCUCGCGCGUGAUCUGUGACGUAGAGAAGUUGACUGUUGAGGCUAAGAGCGGAGCCAACUAUGCUAAAGAGGUACAGCAUGGCCAGGCUAGUAAGAGCUCUUCUUCGUCUGGACUAAGCGGGUUCUUUCCCGGCGCAAAUGAGGGCCUCUUUGAAUACCUGACUACGAGGUGGGAGCUGGAGCCGAUUUCGCCUACUGAGGCGCAGGGUGGGCCGUUGACUAAGGUCAAUUUGGAGGUGCGGUUUGAGUUCCGUUCGCAGAUGCAUGCUACUAUUAUGAGUACUGUCGAGGGACAGAUGGCUGGGGUUAUGAUUGAGGCUUUUGAGAAGCGCAUACGGGAGGUUGAGGGUAAAAGAAAGUGA